CUUGCUUAUUUCUGCUAAGAUGCUUGAUCCUGGAAUGUGUACUAUGCAUGUCUGGACUGUGACGAUGCUCUCUGAUAGCAUGUUUGAUCCAGGCUGUUUCUGCAACCUGAAUGAAAUCAAGUAGGUGGAUCCACACCGCCUUACCAUAGAAAAUCGCAGGUUUCAGGAGUGAGUGGCCCAUGCAACACAACACGUGUCAUGCCCCAGAAGCUACAGAGCAUACCUUUCCUGAUUCUCACAUGCCGAUAGACACCUCCAGCUCCAGCCGUCCAACCUCCUCUUUCCUCUCUUUCCUCUUCUACCUGCGGUUACUCAGGCGAGUUCACUUGCUUUCAGCUUCUCUCCCAGAGCAGAGGAAGAAGAAGAAAAUAGAGAAGGCUGCGGAGAGGUGCAAGAGGUUGUGAUCUUGGCCUGCAAGGUGAUUGGUCAGGAUCUGGGACUUUGGUUGGGCUAUUAUCUAUGCAGGUCCCUGUGGGUUUCCUGGGCAAGCUCUGGAGCUUCGUGUCCUUCCUGCCGUUCUUCAUCCUCCUCCUGGUCCUUGGCUCCGUAAAAGGUGUCCUAAUUGGCCCGGUUGCGGUUGCCAUUAUUUUCUUUGGAAACUCUGCUGUUAUUAUUGGUCUGUGGCCUCCACAUUUCAUCUGGACAUAUUACUGUGUGCUCAAAACCGAAAGGAUCACGCUUGUGUUGAAGAUCCUUAUCGGAAUUUUGUUGCCAUUACCACUGCUCCUAUUGCCAUUACUUGCUAUUGUUGGGAGCCUUCUGGGUGGUAUAGGCUAUGGAGUUUUUGUUCCCUUUAUGGCAACCUUUGAGGCUGUUGGCCAUGGUGUCACAGACAAGCUGACUCAUUGUUUUAUGGAUGGAACUGUUAGCACAAUAUCUGGAGCUUGCACCGUCGUCCGCGAUGUUACUGAUUUCUGCUUCCACUCGUACUUCUCUUUCAUGGAUGAUCUUAUUGAGAAAAUGGGGGAUGAUGAAACUCCUCUUGACAUCAAGUUGUUGUAUCUACCACGGAGCAUACUCGUUGCCUUCAUUGCUGUUCCAGUAGAUGUAUUAGUGAUAAGUGGGGUGGCGUUGUGGAAAAGCCCCUGCAUGUUGCUGAAGGGAUGGCAAAGGUUAUGUGAGGACCUAGUUGGAAGGGAAGGGCCAUUUCUAGAAAUUGUCUGUGUGCCUUUCGCUGGUAUGGCCAUUAUUCUAUGGCCACUCGCUGUGCUUGGGGGAGUAAUAGCUUCAUUUUUCAGCAGCUUCUUUUUCGGUUUUCGUGCUGGACUAAUUGCUUAUCAGGAGGCUUCUUUCCAAAUGGGACUAGCAUACAUGAUUUCAGCGGUAGCAUUUUUUGAUGAAUACACUAAUGAUUUGCUUUACCUAAGAGAAGGGUCAUGUCUUCCAAGGCCCAAGUACCGAAAAGCGGAUGUUCAGAAGUGUGAGACAGGCCAGAACAAGGAAGAGUACAACGUUAUGGCUGAAUCUGCAGAGAGGCUACAACUCGGCCACCAUAAGUAUAGAAGGGCUUUGCAGCGAUCAAAGACAUUCAUGCAAACCAUCCAGCGACUUAGACCAGUUCAAAUAUGGGAUUGGUUCUUCCGAUCUUGUGAGCUAAAUGGAAGGAUAUUACUGAGUGAGGGUAUGAUAACUGCUGAAGAUGUGGAGGAAUAUAUUACCAAAGGAAAAGGCAAGAAGUUAAGCAUCAAAUUGCCUGCUUGGUGCAUCCUUCAGUGUCUGAUACGAUCUGCAAAAUCUGAUUCGCACGGUUUGCUUAUAUCUGAUAAUGUCGAAAUGACAAACUUCAACUGGCCUAAAGACAAAGUAUUGGACUGGAUGCUCGGACCACUUCUGGUCAUCAAGGAGCAAAUGAAGAAGUUAGAGAUAACUGAAGACGAGGAGAUGUGCCUGAGGAAGCACAUCAUGACAAACAAAAACGAAAAACCAUCCGACUGGGACGAUUCUGGUUUUCCAUCAGACGACAAUAUAAAGAGAGGUCAGCUGCAGGCGAUAAUCAGAAGGUUGCAAGGGAUCGUGACAAACAUGUCCCGAGUUCCGAGCUUCAGGAGACGAUUCAUCAAUCUGGUCAAGGCGUUGUACCUUGAGGCGAUCGAGGCGGGAGCUAUAGACGGAUCGCGGGAUGUGCAGUGCAAAGUCAAAGCCGAUGUUGCUUCUGAAAAAAUUGGGGACAAAGACGCGGCAGAUGCUGCAGGUUCAUCAGAUGACACACUAGGGCACAUUGAUAUAGUGUGAUACUGUAGUGUGCACCACAAGAUUUUCAUAACUCCCGGGCCUUGUUGUUAUGGUGCAAUAUAUUUGGCGCACGGAUAACUGAGCGCGUAAUCAUGAUCGGAUGGAUGGCUGUGCUUGUUAGGCCCAGGACGACCUCUCUUUAUCUGCUCUGUAGAUUCAGAGAAGAAACAGUCAUGCUGAAAGUAAAUGUGCCUUUGUACUCUUUUCAGUUACAAAUAAAUAUUGU